AGUACUGUUCUACAUCCGGUACACGAGAUCACCGGUUUGUCAACAGAGCUAGAGAAAAACUGAAAUGUGAUUUUAACACGAAUUUACGCCACAGGCCGCUGAGAAAAUAGUCUAGCCAUGUUCGAAGACAAACUCUUAAGGGUCUUGCAUCUAUUCAUAGCGUUAGGGGAUUUAAUUAGACACUGGGUGUGCAGUAUAUCAGUGCGCUUUCCCUAUCAAUGGAAGAAUUUACAACUCAAGUCAGAUUCAAGGGAUCUGCCAAAAGUGCCAACACACUUAGGAGUGAUUAUUUGUGAGGAGGACUUCUCCUUCCCAGACAUAGCAAACAUAAUAGUGUGGUCUAUAGCAUUUGGAGUAUCUUAUUUCAGUAUAUAUGAUUUUAAUGGUUAUUUAAAAAGAAAACCUAAAGAGUUAAAGGAAGAAAUCGACCAUGCACAGAGGAAGCACUUGGACGAAGAGCAUAGGAAAUGUACGAUAGUCAUCCAUUCUGACACAAGGCAUCCUCCUCAUGUGAAUGGGUAUUACGAUACUAAUCAGAUUGAUAUCCAACUGCUGUCAAACACUGAUGGCCGGCAGGGCUUAGUGGACACUACACGUCUGCUGUGUCAACAGGUGGCCUCCAAGGAGAGGCGUGUCGAGGAUAUCACCCCUUCAGCUGUUGAUGAAUUUAUAAAAGAAAAAUCCCACUUUCCAGACCCAGAGCUGAUAAUCCGGUUUGGAGAGGGAGCAUGUGUGUUUGGGUUUCUACCAUGGCAAAUUCGGCUGACAGAAAUUCUGUCUGCUGCAAGUCAUCAUAGUAUAGGAUGUCAAUCAUUUACAGACUUACUUCAUACUUAUGGAGAAACGAAGCAGAGGUUCGGAAGAUGACCACUGCAUUGCUAGUCACCAGUGCGAUUCCAUGAUUCGCCAUGUCUCAUCUGAGUGCUUUAUUUUUGUUCAUUUAAGAGUUGUAUGGCCUUUGUUUAUUUUAGGGGUACCUAUCCAUAGUAAAAAAAAGGUGGAGGGACCCAAUAUUAUAAGAUUCAGUGAAAUGUUUGAUUUUCCUCUGAGGCUUAUAUAUAAUCUGUUGGUCAGCUAAAGAUUGAAGUCACUUCCCCAAUUAUUUGCUUUAGGACAGCUAACAUUAUAAUUGAGUUUCCUUUAGGGUGCUUAUAGUUUUAAAUAUGUACCUGUAAUCUCAGGGUCCCCUGAAGUAAAUGAAGGCUCUACUGCAAGCAUUUUCAUCAGGGACCCCCAACUCCAAACAGUGACAAAAUUGUAUUGUGCAAUAAAUUUUUUACGAAAUUUAUGCAAAAUGCAAAUGACAACUGACAAAAGCAAAGCCGAUGGACUCAGGAAAUGCAGUGAUCCCAACACAUACUAGUAUGUGAUGGAUAGUAUUUAUUGUAUGACAGACAAGAGAAAUACUCAACACAUAAAAUAUUGAAAUAUAUUUAUUCAAUACAAGAGCAAUACUAUUUGUUUUAAGAGGUUAGCCCCCUAAAAUAAUUCUGGAAGAUCUUGUAUCCCCUAAAGUAAAUGAAGGCUGGUUGUUUUGGAUUCAUUACAUUGUUGUGAAAGGUCACUGUUUGGCCUGUAUGUUAAGUUUUAAAGUGUGAAUAUAUGGUUGUCAUUUCUUGUCUCAAAAUUUGGGUUCAAGAGUGAUAAAGUUUUUUGUAUACUUGAAUGAAGUAUUUAAAGAGCUAUUUUAUGAAAUCUGUACAUUCUACCAUUUAAUGAGUAUUUUCUGUGGUUAGUAAUUUUUGCAAUUUGAUCCCUGAAAGAUAACAAAUUGUAUUCUGCGCUUCCAAUUUCUGUAGUUGCAAUAUAUCUAUAUAUACCUACCUAUAUAUAUAUAUAUAUAUAUAUAUAUAUAUAUCAUAUAUCAUAUAUAUAUCAUAUAUAUAUAUAUAUCAUAUAUUAGCUGCAAUAAUGUAGCCCUCUCUGAAUUUUUUUUUUUUUUUUUUUUUUUUAAUAUUUUUUUAUAUUUUUUUUUUUAGGGAGAGGGCUACAACUCCUUAGGAUCUCCGUAAUGGUGCAAAUGCGGGAGUGAUUCACUCCCGCAACAUUUGCGCUCAUUCUAAACAUUUCCUGACUUUCUUUACGUAAAUAAAAUGAUAUUCUAUGUUUCUUAGUCAAUAUAUAAAUUUACAACCUGCAACUUUAGAUUUGUGAGGCUCUAUUCUACCGUUUUCAACAAUUUCGAUAAAUUCCAAUUUCUCGAUUCAUAUUUGUGCGCCAUGUUUGAUGUACUGAAGUUUCAACUUCCGGUUGUCAAGUCAUUUGCAUAUGCCAUAUAAGGUAGUAUUUACAUCAAUUGACAAAUAUGGAGGCGAAAGCUAUUUCGUCGGUAUUGAAAAGGUUUGAAUUUAAUAUCAAGUUAAAAACCGAACAGCAGAGUGUAAAUUCUUUCUGCAACAAUAUGAUUUUCCUUUCUUUGUCGAAGUGGCUCGAAUAACUACAUUUUCGCGCUGAUUGUCAAUGUUUAGGCUUUUCAUUAGAUCCACCUACGAGAUCUCGCGAUAACAAGCAUGGCGGAGCAGACGAAGAAUUUUGCAUGCUGUACAUUAUAUUUAAUGAAAAACACCUUUAUUAGACAUGCCCGAGCACAAAGUUAGUACUCCUUUUGGUGUAAACAACAUUUGGGACUAAUACACAGAGUUUAUUAUCGGUUAUUCAUAAAAUUAUUUUGCACCAUUACAGAGAUCCUAUGGAAUUGUAGCCCUAUCCCGAAAACGUCAGAAUAAAGAAAAAUUGGAUAGGGCUACAUUAUUGCAGCUAAUCAUAUAUAUAUAUAUAUAUAUAUAUAUAUUAUGAUUGUAAUUUUUGCAGUUUUUCCUUUCCGCAAAAAAUGGACAACCACAGAAAAUCCCCAUUAUACAGUAUAUAUAUUACAUGAGUGCUUAAUUUGGCAAAAUGCCAUGCAGUGCCAAUCCGUGAGAACAUGCAUUAUUAAGACUGCUAUACUCAGAAGAGUUUGAAUGUAUGCAAAUUAAUGAUAAAUGAAUAAACGGACAAGAAUUGUAAUUUUAAGAGGCUUUUUAAUGGAUGAUCAUGAAUAUUUAUGACUUUGUGUAUAGAAGUGAAUUUACAGUACUGUAUUCUUCAUACCACCAUCUGGUGUAUUGUUGUGAAUCCACAGAGUAUGAACAUCUACUAUUUAUAUGUCGAUUGUACAAGAAAGCAUAGGGAACCAGUAUUUUAUGAUUGUACAAGAAAGCAUAGGGAACCAGUAUUUUAUGAUUGUGCAAGAAAGCAUAGGGAACCAGUAUUUUAUGAUUGUGCAAGAAAGCAUAGGGAACCAGUAUUUUAUGAGUGUAUAGUGAAAAUGAUCACAUUCCUUGAAUAGAAAUACUUCAUUCCUUUUUAAACUCUGGGUUGGCAAUGCUUAGAGUUGAUAACGGUAAUGUUUAGCAAGUAAUAUUUAUUUUCUAUUGAGACCAAGGCCAAAUAUAUUUGAAUUUAAUUUUUUCGGUAUUGCUGUCUGCAUGUCAAGGAGAUACUGUGUAGUCGGAAUUACCGUAAAGCAGUUAUAAUAAACUUCUAGCAACAGUCAAAAUUGUUUUGUCACAACAUAACUGUAACACUCCACUGUAUAUAGGGAUAGUUUCACUUUGUGCUCAUUUCAACUAAACACACCAGUCGCGGUAGCUCAGUGGCAGAGCAUCUGCUUCAUAACUGGGAGUCCUCGCUCGUAUCAUGGCCACAUCAAACCUAAGACGUAAACAUUGGCAGUGAUUCUUAGAAGUUAGAAUCUUGGGUCUUUCCAAUAGGACCUUAAAACCGAAGGUCCCAUGUCGCUGCAGACGAUGACAUGUUAAAGUACCCUCACUGCUAUGGCCCUGAGCGCUAAGGAUAGGUCUUAAUUUGUGGUACUUCACCUACAACUGAUGACGUCUUAAUAUGGGUGAAAAAUUCUCGGCAGGACAUAAAACAAACAGAAAAUCAACCAGACACCUUGUUUACAUUCGCUCAAAUUCAUUUAUGGUGAUCACUGUUCGUUAUCUUCACCUUGCAUGGUAUAAAUGUUUUAAAUUUUGGACAAGGGUGAAAUAGGCAUAGAUGAUAUUAGAACAGAAAUUUCAGUGUAUACAUUAUAUGGAUAAAGUAUUCCAUUAUAUUUCAUAUGUUGCAGAAUAUGUUGCUUCAUUAUAACUGGCUGGUUGCAGUUGCCUUGUGGUUAGUUUCCUUGCCUGGCAACAUCGAGGUCCCAGAUUUGAUGUUCAAUCCUGACAGCCGUGUCGAACAUAACAUGUUUUACGUAGUAAGAGACUGUUCCGGCAUGAGAAGCAAAUUAAAGACCGAAGAUUUCAUGUCAUGAUAGGACUUGGAACAAUUAAAAAAAAGAACUCACUGGUACCGUCUCAUUUGUGUGCAUAGGUCUUAUUGAGGCACUCUACCUACAGCUAGUGAUGUCUCUACAUGAGGGAAAAAUUCCUGAAUGGGACAUAAAACAACAAAGAAAAUUAAAUCAUUGUAGCCAUAUUGCUGUUAGACUGUGCAUUAUAGGCAGGUUUUACUGUGUCCUGUGACUGUAAUGACGGGGAGUUGUAAUGUAGUUACAUAUUUGUGAAGAGUAAAUGUUCUGUUUUGAUGAAAUGUUUGUGUGCUUGGCACUGCUUGCUUUAGAAAAAUGUGAAGGUUUAUGGCUGGUGAAUAUUGAAAUUGAGUGACUUUUAAUGGGCAUUAUCUUAUAUUUUCAUGUCAAGGGUGGUUUCCACAGGCUCGCAAUGUUUUGAAUAUAUAUAAUUAUAAAAAAUUGUCUUCCUUCCUGUAAACAAACAAUAUAGUUUGUUUACAGGAAGACAUUAUUUUUUUUAUCAGGCCUAUGUGUAUAUAUUUAAAAUGUCGAGAGCCUGUGAUGGUUUCAUGGGAAUAUUUUCAAAAAGAAACUACUUAAAGGUUGAAAUAAUCCAAUUUGAUAGAGAACAGGACAUUUUUUUUAUCUGGUUUUUCAAAUUGUUAUCUAUAUACCUCCCUUGUGUCUUGCAUUUCUUUUCUAAUUACACUUUUUUUGUUCACCUCUUUGCUAAAAUUGUGAUGUUGGUAUUAAAUGCACUCAGAUGGGCUAAGCCUGCUGCGCAAGAUCCUAUCUAAUAUAUUAUAUUUAUAUCAUAUUGAAUAAAUUAUUGGUUAGAUUAAAUGUCAUAGAAGAGUUGAUUACUCCACGUUCAUUUCCAGAGACCUGAGUAUAAAAAAAACAACAUGGAUGCAUUGAUGUUGUGGUAGCUUGAAACUUCCGACAGUUAUAUUGAAAUGACUUCAGUUCCUGUCAAUAAGAAAUAAAGAUAACCUGAAAAAGAAAUUUACUGGUAUUGAAGUAAAAUUAGCAACCGAUAUUUGACAAAUCAUGAUUCUUUGAAUUUGAGAGUCUUAGAGAUACUACCCACCAGAACGUGAUUCAUGUGCAAAAAAUAUGUAUCAUUCUUAUGAAAUAAUGAUUGAAUCAAAUGUGAUUUACAGAUGUAAACUUCAGCACAAAGAAUAAAAGAGUUUUAAUGCUAACCCAGUAGUCUAAGAGAGUAUCAUUUAGAUAUUUUUAAAACGUGAUAUUGAGUUAUUCUGACCAGGAAGACUUUACCCCAUUUAAACAACACCCAGUUAUCCCAAAAAUAUGUCUCAUAUUGCAGGAGUUGUUAUUUGUAUGUUUAAAACUUUACAAGGGUGCUCCCUUUAACCCUUUCUUCCAGCAGAAGGGAGCAAAAAGCUUCGUCAGGACUGGCUAGUGAUACAAAUGUGGGAUUAGUACAUUAUAUACUUCUGUAAUGGUCAGCUAGGUUCGAUCCAAUGGACCAGACCUAGAUUCGAAUCCAGGGCCCUUGAAUCUCUAGUCCGGUUGAUUUAUAGCUCAGUUGGUAGAGCACCUAACUAGAGAUUCAGGGGGACUGGGUUCGAAUCCCGGUCUGGUCCAUUACAUUUUCUCCCUUCCUGUUACACUUCAAAGGAAAAAUUACACUGUUAAAAAUCUCCACAGUAAAUUUGAUACAAUUUUUAAAUGUCUGACUGUAGAAUAUUUGAUGCUGAGUAGAAGAAGGAAAAUGAUAUUUUGUAAACUUUUUUUUGUUUUGUUUAUUUGAUGAACAUUACCAUGGACUUGUAUCUGAGUGUUUGAUAGUUGCUACCAACAGGACAUUGACCUGUGAGAGUGGUUAUAUCAUUGUGUAGCUUGUGUAUGUGGAGUAGAGAUGUAUAGGGAAAAUGGCAGUUAUCAUAAAUAAAUCUACACAAUACCAGA